CUUCCAACUUCAAUCGCGCCUGGAUCGGGGACCAUUGAAAACGUCGACGGUGAUAUCAGCCCGCAAAUCGCGCAAUUAUUUAAAACCCUUUCCAUUUAUUCAAGCCGAGAACGCCACGAAUCCCCUUUCGCCUCCUACCGAUUGGUAGCUGCAAUGCUGCCGCCCACUCUCGUUUCUUUCUCCUUCGCCUUUCUUCUGCCUCAUCUGGUCACCGCCGACGUCCAGCCCUUCACCAGCUACGCCAACGACUUCGUUGACCCCUCUUACAUCGCUGCCCGCCAGUUUCCUAACACAACUGGGGGAGCGCAAGCCUCUAUCCGUUCGUGGGCGGACCGUCUUGCCUCGUCGGGGCCAUGGAGUGUCACCACCAAGCCAAUGGUUGCGCCUAGCGGCGACAAGAAGGAUUAUAUGAGCUGGGCCCCAUAUUGGUGGCCGGACUGCUCUAAAGUCGGCAAUACCACGGUAUUAACACCAGAGCAAAUUUGGGUGACCUGCCCAUACGUCAAUAGGGAUGGCCAGUUUAACCCUGACCGUCUUACCAUCAACGAUAUUGGCGCUUUCUACAACGUGUCCGACGCCAUUCUAUAUAACGCGCUUGCUUUCGCGUUCGAGAACAAGACAUCUUCGAUAUAUUCCCAGCGUAUUGUCAAGAUUGUUGAGACAUGGUUCCUCGACAAAACGACGGGGAUGAAUCCCAACCUGAACUACGCGCAAAUGACGCGGGGCCCCACGGGACAAGUCGGGACUCACACCGGUGUGCUCGACUUGAAGGGGAUGGCGAAGGUUGUGUCCGGAAUUCUGACGCUGAGAAAGCUGAAAAGCUCGGACUGGACGGACGAUAUCGACUCGCGGUUGAUUACUUGGGCGAAUCAGUACAUCAACUGGCUUGAGACAAGUAAACUUGGCGUCGAUGAAUGCGCUUCGUUGAACAACCAUGGAAGCUACUGUUUUAACCAGUGGGCGUCAUUGAAGCUGCUUGUCAAUGACAUCCCUGGGGCGGUCAACAUCAGCAAUAGGUUCUUCCAGGGCAUAUACCAAGGCCAGAUUGACGCCUCUGGCGACCAGCCCUUUGAGGCAACUCGUACUCACCCUUACCACUAUCGCAACUACAAUCUCGGUGCGAUGAUUACUAACGCGCGUAUCUUCCAAUACGCUGACCCCAAGGCUGACCCAUGGCACACGAAGACAAAGGCGGGGACGACAAUCAAAGACGCGAUGGAUAUGACUAUGACCGUCGACCCCAACAAGAGCCAGGAGGACUACGCGGUGGCUGAGAUCUUCCCCAAUGUCGCUGCUGUCGCUGCAGAAUACGGAGACCCAGAUGGGAAAUACGUCGCUUUCUUGCAGAAGACGUUUCCCGACUAUGCGUGGGAUGCCGACUUUUUGUGGAACCAGCCGCUUGUGGGGAAUGCUGUUGUUCAAGUUGGAGCGACAAAUGGUACUGCAAAAGGCGGCAACACGUCUGCUCCGCCGCCCGGAGUUUCGGGUGCAUUAAGAGGGACAUUACAUGGAGAUUUUACUUUGUUUGUUGCUACUCUUGUUGUUGUCGUCGUCGUUUUGCUGUAG